AUGAACUCAACCCCAGUCCGCAUCAGGGGCAAGCGCAAACCUUCCUCGUCCACCGCAAAGCGGCCGUCGCCCGCCCCGCCAGCGCCCAAGAAGAUGAAGCGGCCCUUGGCCUCGGUCCUCGCCAGCCGUUCGACUCGCCGCCGCCCGACCCUCGAGUCUCUGCCCGGCGAGGUCCUCGAGACGGUGCUGCUCUACAGCUGCAACAUCGCCCUGCCUCGCGCCAGCCCCCUGCUCGGCGUCAAGCUCUCGGACCGGGUCACCCUGCUGCGCCUCUUCAUCUGGGCCUUUCACGACACCUGGGAGCAGUGGUUCGGUAUCCCCCAGAGUCAAUCCUUCCAUCACGUCCCGCGGUCAGCCCGCGAGUAUGAAGUUCCGUGUCAGGGAGACCCCGUUCUCCAGAGCGCCAUGCUAGAGCUCCCGUGGGUCAACAUCGACUUCAUCCUGCAGGCACAGCAGGCAUGGGCAGACCGCUACGCCCGGGGCCGCUGGUACCAGCACAGCGUGCCGUGGCGCGGCGACAGCCGCGAGCUUCCCCACGACCACCGAGGCGGCUUCGGCCACUUUGACGCCCGCACCUGCUUCGAGGCCGACUACCAGCAGGCCCUGCGGACGCACCUCCGGUUCGAAGAGUCGCGCCAGUGGCGCGCACGCGACGUCCACCCGCACACGCGCAUGCCGGCGCAGCUCAUCGUCGGCCCGUGGGACGAGGAGAAGCUGCGUCGCCUCUUCUGGCUCACCCGCGGCGGCAUCCGCAUGGACGAGGAUCUGCGGUCGCUGCCGCCCUGGGAGAUGAGGCUGCAGUGCCUCGACAACGCCGUCAUCUCGGCCCCGGAGCCCAGCGCGCUCGUCGUCAACUGCAUGAUGGGCACCUGGACCUUUGUCAACCUGCCGCGCGACGCCGUCACCAAGGCGCUCGCCAACCUCGACAAGCGGCUGGAGUGGGGGGGGGACUCGCGCGAGAGCAGGGUCGUCUUGCGCUGGGCUCGGAGCUCGCUGUCCCUCAGCCUGGGCUUGAGCGAUUACCCGGGGCCGAUCGGACGUUGGGCCGCGCAUUAG